UUGGCAUCGUCAUGAAAGAUGAUCAAGCUUAGUUUCUUUCUUGAAUUUUGAACAUAAUGCCUCUGGUAAAUUCUAUAUCAGAUGCUGAGUUUUCUGUUACUUUUCCAUGUAGCAAGAAAGUAUGGGACCAAAAGGAGGGUUUAGUUACUAUGUAUUCGAACAGCUGUACGCAAGAAGACUGUUCUCCAAGCUUAUGAGACUCGGGGAAGAGUUUCCAGAGGAGCUCUCUAUUUUUCUCAAGCAGCAUCGUGAUCUCCUGUGGCUUCGCGGGGUGUUUCUCCAUCAGUUUCCCUUGGCUUCGGAAACCCUUCAUGAAUUGGCUCUUUCUCAGGAUGAGAGCUCUGGUUUGGAGGCUGAUGAAGUGGCAGAAUCAGGCUACAGGGACUUGACUCUUGCCGACAGAAAGCGUUUCCUGAAACUAGCAAAAAUAGCUGCUUUAGCAGGCAAUGAUGAUGAUACAGAGACUAAGAUGAAACGCCUCGAGGCUGAUUUGAGAAUUCCAAGUUACAGGUGUGCUUGAUUUUGUAAUUACUUUCUACCUAAGUAUUAUGAAAUCCUAAGCGAACCAUGUAUUAACGAGUUUUUCCUAGCUACUGGAACACCUCAAUGAAGAAUCUUAGCAAAACAUCGAGAAGCGGCUCCUCCGCCCUGAAGAUCUCAUUACAUUGUGCCUCGAUAGCAA